GGAUUUUGUACGCUGAGAAGGCAGCAUUUGAAGAGGCAGAGAAGAAAAAAGAAGAGGAGGAUGAGCUGUGAGGCAAAAGCACCGUGAUGUUUUGCUGACAAUAUGGGUCCAGAGAUAGUAAGGCAAUUAAGCUCCCCAAAAUUUUUCCAUGAUCUUUUUUUAUCUUCAGCUAUUCCAUUUCUACAGUAACGACAUGACCCGUUAAGUAGAGGCACACCACUUCUGCGCCCAUCAGAACAAAGAGAUGCGGCAGUGCUUGAUCUACGACGGCCCCAAAAAGGACGCCCGUCUCAUAGGGCUGGAGUACCUGAUCUCGGAGAACCUGUUCCUGACGCUACCAGACGAGGAGAAGCCACUGUGGCACUCCCACGGGUACGAGGUUAAGAGCGAGGUGCUGUUCAUACCGCGAAUCCCAGGGCUCAUCCAGAGGCAGGACAUGGAGAAAGUGUGCAAGACUUAUGGCAAGGUUUUCCAUUUCUGGCAGGUGGACAAGGGCGAUAAUUUGCCUCUGGGCCUGCCUCAGCUCCUGAUGGCCCUCACCAGAGAAUGUCAGCUCUACGAUGAACUCGCCAAGAAUGCGGAAAAGCAGUUGGGGAUAUCUUUGGCUGAGGAGAGGGGGAAGCGAGAAUACAUGAAGGGGCCGACGCAUGGGCUUCAUCUGUUGGCUAGCGGUGGUGGGAAGGGCCGAAGGGGCUUAAAACGGAGCUGAGGGAGACGGAGUAGUGCAAGCCUGCUGAUUCUGUUCCUAGAGUCUUUGUUUAGAAAGUGAAUCUCGAUGGAGUACUACAAUAGUUCCCAUCAAGUUCAAGGGCAUUGCUUUUUAACCAGAAACAGUGUUGUAGUUGUAGAGCUAUUUCUCUAAUAUGAUAUCUACUGUUAGCUAUAUGAUUUAGUGGUAGUUAUUUGGACUCUUAGUUACAUAAAUAGUUAUAUAAAUAAAUUAUUUAAUUUAAA